ACCGUUAAAACCCUUUUCUUCUUCGUCUUCCGUCGGCCAUGAGAGCUAUAAAUCUCCAAUCCCUUCUGCUUCCUCCGUCCCUCCGAUUCUUCUCCACCCUUUCUUCUCCUCGGCCAUUCCUCCCCUGUCGAAGCUUCUCCUCUCCUCGUGCAAGUCGUUGCCGGAGCAGAGCAACAGUCAUACGGUUCUCCAGCUGCGGAGCUAUGGCGACGGCCUCUGCUCCGCCCUCCGUGCGCUUGCGAGACACGAUCGAGCUGACUGGGAAGGAGCGGCAGAUCUUCGAUAGGCUCCUGGCCACCGUUCGCCAUUUCAAUCUCCCCACUCAGCUCCGUGUUGCUGGCGGUUGGGUCCGCGAUAAGUUGCUGGGCAAGGAUUGUUAUGAUAUUGAUAUUGCGCUUGAUGAUAUGAUGGGUAGUAAAUUUGUUGACAAGGUGACGGAGUAUCUGGCCUCUACUGGUGAAGAGGCACAAGGACUCGCAGUCAUUCCAAGCAAUCCAGACCAAUCAAAGCACCUGGAAACAGCAAGGAUGCGCCUUUAUGAUGUAUGGAUUGAUUUUGUGAACUUAAGGUCGGAAAAGUACAGUGAGAAUAGCCGGAUCCCUACCCAGAUGGAUUUUGGUACUGCUGAGGAGGAUGCAUACAGGAGGGACUUAACUAUAAACAGCAUGUUUUACAAUAUUAACACCAGCUCAGUUGAAGAUUUAACUGGUAGAGGCAUUGAAGACCUUAAAUCAGGAAGAAUAGUAACACCUUUGCCACCAAAGGAAACAUUCUUGGAUGAUCCUCUAAGGGUUCUUCGCGCUAUUCGUUUCGGUGCAAGGUUCAGAUUUACUCUGGAUGAAGAACUGAAAAAGGCUGCAGCUGCAGAUGAUGUGAGAGACGCGCUUGCUGCAAAAAUUAGCAAAGAGCGCAUUGGGACUGAAAUUGAUCUCAUGAUAUCCGGCAAUGAGCCAGUUAAAGCAGUGGAGUACAUUUACGAUUUGCAAUUAUUUUCUGUUGUUUUUGGCCUUCCUCCAGAUUAUGAACCUGCCCUUCCGGAUGAUUGCAAUAGGUUUUGUGUAACUUAUUUGGGUGCUGGAUGGAAUCUGUUGCACUCAAUAGGAUCUUCUGUUUUCAAUGAUGAUCAACGAAGACUUGCUCUUUAUGCUGCCCUGUUUUUUCCCUUCAGAAAGGCAACAUACAAGGAUAACAAAGCUAAGAAGAUUCCAGUUGUAAAUUAUAUUUUUCGGAACUCCUUAAAGCGGAAGGCUAGUGAUGCUGAGAUGGUCAUUGGCGUACACUCAGCUGCUGAGAGAUUCUUGAAGUUGAUUCCCUCUCUUGAAUCAGACAGGGAAUGUGAUUUUGAUGAACUUGACCUGAAUAAUGGACUUGGUGGUAUUCCUGCUUCCUCAAAACUGCGGGUAUCAGUAGGUUUUCUUUUACGGGACAUUAAGGAUUUUUGGCGAGUAGCCUUGUUAAUUUCCAUGUUAUCUUAUCCUUCUGAUGUUGGUUGCUCUGAAGAUUCUUUGGAUAAUAGUAAGCACCCCAUUGAGAAGAGACGAGAGGCGUUCAAGGUAGUUGAGGAUGCAAUUUUUAGAUUAGGACUAGAGAAGGUGUGGGAGGCAAAGCCAUUGUUGAACGGGAAGGAGAUUAUGAGCGUGUUGCAGCUGAAGGCUGGAGGACCACUUGUUAGAGAGUGGCAACAAAGAAUUCUUGCUUGGCAGCUGGCAAAUCCCUCUGGAACUGCAGAAGAAUGCCUUGAUUGGAUGAGGGAAACACAUCAGAAGCGGGUGAAACUGGAAUGAAUGACGCUUGGCCUCAACUCAUUACGACUAACCUGGUCAGAUGAGGGAAACAGCUGAAGUUAACUGACUCAAUACCACAUGAAUCCCUGAACUCAUCUUGCAGGACUGCUGUCAAACCCCCAUGUUUUUGCUGGUUGGUUUAGGAGUGUCAACUCCAUGUGAAGGGUUUUAUGGCAGUUUUAGCUCGGCACCACCACCUCCAUUUCUCCACGGGAAACACAAUUAGGAGGCAUAAUUUCUGUUAAAAUCUUAUAUACACUUCAGACCAUCCAUAACAUUUGUUCAGUGUGUUUGAAUUUGUGUAAAGCAGUAGAGAAACUGAAUUUGUUCUCCUUAUCUUAAUGAGAUCCAAACCGAAGAUUUUACGUGGUCUUAGUUUGGUCCACCA